AUGGGCAAAUCUCAGAAGAAAAAGUCUAUGCGCAGGCACAAUCCAAUGCGCGUACCUGACUCUCAUCUGCCGAAGGGUCUUGCAUCUGCUUCUUCCACGUCCACUAAAAAUGAAGCAAUUCUACCGAUAAUCCAAAAAAUGGAGGGUCCAGACGCCUCAGAUAGAAAAUGGGCUUGUGUAGCUGUCUCCAACCUCAUUCAAAAUGAUUCCUCUACCCGCCGGCUCCUACAGGGCAAAAAUGUCGUUGGUGCUCUUAUUACAAGGCUUACUGACAGUGAAGAUGAAGUUGUAUUAGAAGCUAUGGGUGCUUUGAGAAACUUAUGUAUCGAUGGAGGAUAUGAUAUCUGUGCAGAAAUGUAUAAUAAAAAUAUCCUUACAAUCUUGAAAACAUUCAUUCCCAAAAUAUCAAACAUACUCUCACAAUACCUGGAGGCUCCCAAAACCGCCCCCGCAAAUGCCCAACGCCUAGUGUACGACUUCGCCGACAAUGUAAUCACGACACUUUGGUGUUUGUCUGAAACGUCAAACAAAGCACUCAACGCAAUUAACUCGAUUAACCUGAUCCCAUUCCUCAUGUCGUUCCUGGCAUCCCGGGAUAGACUAUCCAUCGCGCCUGUCCUUGCUGCCGCACAGUGCUUAUAUGUCCUGACUGAUGAUAACGAUUCCGCCGGUGUCAGUCUAAAAUCGAAUGCAGAAUAUAUAUCUUGUUUGCUGUCCAUAGCGCAAUCGCUCAAUCAGCCUGCGAAUGGCAAAGGCAAGGAUAUCAACGAUCAUAGACUAAUUACUCUCAGAGUAUUGAGCUCAGGUAUACUUCGUAAUAUAUCCCCUUUACCGCAACCUUCUGCGGCUUCCGUUGUAGACAUUGACAAAGAUAUCACUCUGCCUCUGUUGCAACCGGUGAUUUCUUCUGUAAAACUUCCAGAAAUUGCAAGUCGUGCGCAGCAACUGGUGGAUGGUCUGGCGUUGGAACCGCAGAUUGAAAAAAUGUCACUUAAAAACACGCCCAAGUCCGACCACAAAUCGAGCUCCGAGUUGGAGCUCGAACAGUUGGAAGCGAAUCUACGGACUGUACAGUUAGCUUUGGAGAUUCUGACCGGAGUCUGUGCCACUCUCCCGGAUCCCUCUGCAGGCAUCGAAGGCGAAACCGAAAUUGAUGAUGAAGAUGAAGAUAUGGCGGAUGAUGAUGAAGUUCUGGAUGAUACGAACAUCGAGGAUCCAGGAUAUAAUAAUGACUCGGCCAAUCCCACAGUACUGCCCUCCCUUGUCCCGUCUCUUUUGUCAUUAAUACAGCCCACGUCUCUGUCAUUUUCUCCUCUCGCUACUUCAUCAAUUCACCCUCCAACCACGACCGCUUUAAGUGCGAUUCAUAUCAGUGCUAUGGAGUGUCUAAAUAAUAUAUUCCUUUCGCUUGCUACUUCACCCAAUCCAUCGGUGUCCGCGGAUGCUGAAGGAGGACGCAAGGUGUGGAAUGAAGUGUGGGCGUCGCUUGGUGUUGUCGGUACUGAGCUAGGCUUGGGACAAGAGCGGAGAAAGGAAAUGUGGGAAAUCGGAGUCGGUGUCCUGUGGGGGCUAGCGUUGGUUUGGAAGGGAACUUUGUCUGCAACUGAAGAACAGAUACAGGUUUUGAUUCGUUACAGUGACGGGGCAUCAGAUGAGAUAACCAAAGUCAAAUGCAUUGGGGCAUUAGAAUGCCUUGCGCAAUAUCCUCAGUCAAUAACGAAUAAUCAGGUCAUCGCCAGUUACCUUCUCACACUUCUCCCCACCCCUUCUUCGCCAUCCCCUGCGGGCGUAGAAUCUCUAAUGCAGGCUGUGUCUGCACUGAUUGAUAUCUAUUCAGACGAGACUUUACCCUAUGACAUCAACUUUCGUCAAGGGGGCAUGUUGCAAACUCUGGUGGCCAGCGUUGAAAACGUGCGAAAGGCCGUCAAACGAAUCGACAGAAAAAAGCCAGGAGGAAAAGAUCUGCGGAGAAGAGGAGAAGAAAUUCGCGACAAUUUGGUUGCAUUCAUCCAAUAUCGUAGAAAUCUUGGGUUACAAAACUGA